ACCACCAGCUUCUAUGACUUCAAAUAGGUUUUGACUUGCCAAGAUAAGCCCAUUUCAUUGCCUCUCUCUCUCCCUCUCCCUUUCAUCUCUCACCAUAAUCUACACAUCUCUCACCGUAAUCUACAUACACCAUGUCCUAAAACAUUACCGCCUUUUCAUUUCGUUUCUUUUGCAAAAUCCCGUAUUUUGUUAUGUGGUCUUCUUGGAACCACUCACCGCAAUAGGCUGUUCACAAGGACAAUUCACUGACACAUCCCAACCACUGGUUGGAUUGAAGUUCAACUUUCUUCUCCUUCUCUCAAGUGAAUAGCUUCUCAGGUUACGACCCAUUUGAAAUCUUCGCAAUUCAUUUGAAGUUUGAUACGAUACCCCUUACUUUCUCUUUUCAUCUGUAAUGGCCCCAAUGAUUGUUUUCUUGGAGGGUUUGUGGUAAAAUGGGAAAUUAAGCAUUUUUCUGAGUUGGGUUUUUUAUUUGAGAGAAAACAAUUUGGUGUUUCUGGUAUCUGGGUAUUGCUGAGGAUGAUGUCAAUGACAUGGCAUAAUCUUGAGUUUGUUCGAACUGGGUUGGAUUUGGUUUCAUGUGGGUGUUCUUCCAAUAGUUCAUUUGACCGGUUUCCAGUUAGAAAUUAUGCAAAGGGGGUUCACAGGAGUGUUAGAAGAGGACACGGGGCUCGGAAAUUGUCUUGUUGUCGCCGGGAUAUUGGCCGGUGUCGCGUUUUACCUACAAAGACUCCAGAGACUCUGGUGAAUGGUUCUCCAAUAGGGAUUUCACAAGGUCCUGCUCCAGUUCUUGAUAAGAAGGAAGAGUUUAGAAGCCCUAUUUCAGUGACAAAUUUGUUUCAAGUGGUUGCUGAUGAUCUCCAAACAUUGAACAAAAAUCUACUGUCAAUUGUUGGUGCAGAAAACCCAGUUUUGAUGUCUGCUGCUGAACAGAUCUUUGGUGCCGGUGGGAAGAGGAUGAGGCCAGCGUUGGUGUUCCUAGUGUCAAGAGCGACUGCAGAAAUUGUAGGCUUGAAGGAACUUACCAAAGAACAUAGGCGUUUGGCUGAGAUUAUUGAGAUGAUCCAUACGGCAAGCUUAAUACAUGAUGAUGUAUUAGAUGAAAGUGACAUGCGAAGAGGGAAGGAAACUGUUCACCAACUCUAUGGUACAAGAGUGGCUGUUCUUGCUGGCGAUUUCAUGUUUGCUCAGUCAUCUUGGUACCUAGCUAAUCUCGAAAACCUUGAAGUCAUAAAACUCAUCAGCCAGGUUAUUAAAGACUUUGCUAGUGGCGAAAUAAAGCAGGCAUCAAGUUUAUUCGACUGUGAUGUUGAGCUCGAGGAAUAUUUGAUCAAAAGCUACUACAAAACAGCUUCCUUAAUUGCUGCUAGCACUAAAGGAGCCGCCAUUUUUAGCAGUGUCGACAGCAGUGUUAGUGAACAAAUGUAUCAGUAUGGGAAGAAUCUUGGCCUAUCCUUCCAAGUGGUUGACGACGUAUUGGAUUUCACGCAGUCGGCAGAGCAGCUGGGAAAGCCAGCUGGCAGUGACUUGGCAAAAGGGAACCUAACUGCACCAGUGAUUUUUGCACUCGAAGAAGAACCAAAGUUGAAAGAGCUCAUUGAGUCUGAGUUUUGUGAGACUGGUUCCCUAGAUGAGGCCAUUGGGAUAGUCAAGAGUUGUGGGGGGAUUGAGAGAGCUAGGGAUCUAGCAAAAGAGAAAGCUGAUCUUGCGAUUCAAAACCUUCAGUGUCUUCCUCAGAGCACAUUUCGAUUGGCACUCGAGGGAAUGGUGAGGUAUAAUCUGGAGCGGAUUGAUUAGGCGGAAAACGCGUCCAAAAAUAGCCAGAAAUAACACGGCAAGAUCUGAUACGGGUUGAAAGACAUGCCUGGGGUUCGGUCCAUAUAUAUAGAAGGUACCGAGAUAUGGUUUCGACUUCUGUUGUAUUCAAGUAAUUUAUAGCCUUUCCCUUAUUGGUUAAGAGGAAAUAACUACAUUCAUGAUUGUUUUGCACGCUUUAUAUAUGUCCGAGGUUUUGCGACCCGCAAUACUAUUCUUUUUGAUUCAUGGAUCAAUAAACAUGAGUUGAACGAAUACCAGAAGCUUAUGAGCUUGUUUCUCA